AUGGCAUCCUCGGAGAAGACGUACGGCGUAACGCCACCCAUCUCGACAGUACUGCCCACGCCCAUCGAGGUGCAAUCCACGAAUGCACUACUUGAAGAACUCAAGCGUCAGGGAACAUACGAGUCCCAGGAGGAGACAAAUAAAAGGCACAAGGUUCUGGCCGAUUUACAACGGAUCACGGAUGAGUUUGUUCGUCGCAUUGCCAAGAAGAAAGAGCCACAUAAUACUGCCUUGAUCAGAGAAGCUCGUGGAGAGGUCUUCACCUAUGGAAGUUUCUGUCUCGGCGUGUACGGCCCUGGCUCCGAUAUAGAUACUCUCGUCUGUGCCCCCAAGUACGUGACACGCCAGCACUACUUCGAAGACUUCCCCGACCUAAUCGUCGAGAUGGCACCCAAAGGCGCAAUCACCGAUCUCACUCCCGUCGAAGAUGCCUUUGUCCCCAUCAUCAAGUUCGAGUACUGGGGCAUCAGCAUCGAUCUGAUCUUUGCCCGCAUUGCCACUCUCACCCAGUUCCCCAAACACAAGGAGUUGUAUCUGACAGACAACCAAUAUCUCCGCGGUCUUGACGAAGCCGAGCUGCGCUCUGUGAAUGGAACCCGUGUCACUAAUGAGAUCUUGAACCUCGUCCCCGAAAAGGCGACCUUCCGCCUGGCAUUGCGUGCUAUCAAACUCUGGGCCCAACGUCGUGCCAUCUACGCCAAUAUCAUUGGUUUUCCCGGUGGCGUGGUCUGGGCGAUGCUGGUUGCCAGAAUCUGUCAGCUGUACCCCAAGGCUUCUGCCGCCAUCAUCGUCACAAAGUUCUUUGUCAUAAUUCGCCAGUGGCCCUGGCCUUCCCCCGUCAUGUUGAAGCAAAUGGAGGAUGGUCCCUUGAACGUCCGUGUCUGGAAUCCCAAGAUCUACAAGGGUGAUAGCUUCCAUUUGAUGCCUGUCAUUACUCCUGCCUAUCCACAGAUGUGUGCUACCUUCAACAUUACCCACUCAAACAAGGCCGUUAUUCAACGAGAGCUGGAGCGCGCUCGAGAUAUUGCCAGCGAGAUCAUCGCAGGCGCCCGGCCCUGGAAGGACCUCUUCGUAAAGCAUAGCUUCUUCACAAGUGGCUACAAAUACUACUUGGCUGUUGUUGUCACUUCUAAAGACAAGGAUGCCCACAAGAUUUGGUCAGGCUUCGUCGAGAGUAAAGUUAGAGUCCUUGUCGCUAGCGUCGAGCGACACGCCUCCAUUGCCAUAGCCCAUCCUUUCAACAAGGGAUUCGAUCGAACCCACAAGGUUCUCGACGACGAUCAAUUCAGUGCCGUCAUGGACGGAAAGCUGGAUUAUGUUUGCAAGGAGGACGAUACUCCAGUGACCCCGGUGAAGGAUGGGCCCGUCAAGGACAAUGCCGACAAAAUCAAGCCGAGCGCCGAAACGCCAAUCAAACCCGAAUCUUCAAGUCCUGGUGUCGAGUCUGCACCCACGCAGCUAGACAUUUCUAUGAAGUCAGAAUCAGGAGAAGAGUCGAAAGUCAAAAUCGAAGAUCUCCCUUCUCAAGACGACAAGAUAUACACCACCACCCAUUACAUUGGCCUUGAGCUCGCAGAAGCAGGUGCCAAAUCUUUGGACCUUUCUUUCCAGGUAAACGAGUUUAAGGACCUUUGCCAUGGCUGGGACAAAUACAAGCCUGAGUUGAACUUCUUGAGCAUUCAGCACGUGAGAAACAUCAACCUACCCGAUGACGUGUUCGAAGCCGGCGAGGUGAAGCCCACGCGCCCGCUUAAGAAGUCGGGCGCCACGAAUGGAGCUGCAUCUCAGAAAACCGUGAAGCGGCCUAAUCCGUCGCCGUCAGAUGUAUGUUGGGAUGAACGGUGGAUUGCUAAAAGCGAUGGCCGAUGCAAAACCCUUUUUUUACCCCUGAUGCGUGGAGAACCACUAACUGGACGCGUAGGGACAACCCCCGUCAAAACGACCCCAGCCAACAGUCGCAGGUUGAAGACAGCUGAAUGA